AUGAUUCAACACCCAGACAAGAAUUACAUCGACCAUAUAGAUAUAGAGAUACAUAAUCAACAUGCAUACUGUUUUCAAGUAGAUGAGGAACUGGAUGGAAAACCAUGGUACUAUGGCAUCAGAAGAUUGAUAGAAGCACAAGAAUAUCCUGAAAAUGCUACAAGCAAGCAGAAACGGACUUUGAGGAGGGUGGUCAAUCAUUUCUUCCUUAACGGAGAAAUCCUAUAUAAGAGAACUUCGGAUUUGGGAUUGCUGAGCAAAGAAGAUUUUAAGAGCUGGAUAUUUUUGGAUGACCAUGGAGAGAGUAGCAUCCGGUAUAUGCAAAAGUGUCAUCAGUGUCAAGUGUAUGGAGAUUUUAUACGGGUUCCACAAAAUAAGCUCAAUGAGAUGGGUUCCCCUUGGCCAUUUGCCGCUUGGGGAAUGGAUGUUAUUGGACCCAUAGAACCUCCUGCGUCACAUGGACAUCGUUUCAUCCUGGUGGAUAUCUAUUAUUUCACAAAACGGGUCGAAGCUUCGCCAUACAAGGCCGUGACUAAGAAGGUAGUGGCAGACUUUGUUCGCAAUAACAUAGUUUGUCAAUUUGGAAUUCCAGAAUCAAUCAUAACAAAUAAUGCGGCCAACCUCAAUAACGAUCUUAUAAAGGAAACUUGUGAAAGGUUCAAGAUUGCUCAUUGA